AUGACCGCGCGUGUUACCCAAACAACAAACCGCCGUUUCUCCGGCAGUUACCCCGGCCCCAAGGCGAAGGACGAACCGAAGAGACGGAGCGGUCGCAGUGAAGCGAGUCGCCCCAGGAGAAGGAAGCGCAAGUUCUGUCGUCCGGUGCCCAACUCGCGGCUGUACCGUCCGGCGCCGCCCCGGGCCCGGCCUCCCCCGCCGCCCUCCCCUCGCCCGCGGGCCGCCUGGUCUCCGCCGGCCGGACGUGUCCUGGAGAGCGCGUCCCGGGUGGCGCUGCGUGUGCUGCGCGCCCGGUCGUCAGCGCGGCCCCCCUCCCCCCCGCCGCCCGCGGUCGGGCCCGCUCCCCCCCGCCGCCCCGUCGGCCGGCCGCCGCCUGGUGGUGACGCUGCCGGCGGCGGGCGACGCUCGCUGCGCCAUGUCCGCGCCCCGACACUCCACCAGCCCGGAGUGCUCGGACGGGAACGACCCCUCCUCGGCGCCCAGCGAGUUCCUCUCAGAGGUUUGACGAAUUAUGAUUACUUACAGUAG